AUGUUUUGAAAUGUGUUAAUCUAUUGGAAUGACUGCGUGUGUUUGUGUAAAUUUUUUAUUUUGGAGACUGCUAUUAAUGAUAAUGUUGCUUUCCUUUCAGGUAAUGGAAGAUCCCUCAACUUAAAUUCACCUGAUCAGCAUGUAGACUGUGCAUUAUAAAGUUGAACAAGAUGGAGGCAAAGCUUCGUGUAAUUAUUGAUGACCAAAUCGAGAAGUUGGUUCUUCCAUCAGGGAUCCCACCAACAUUGGAGGAGCUGCAGAGUGUUGUGAAGGAUACUUUUGGGAUUUCAAAUGACUUCAGUCUUCAGUAUUUUGACCCAGAAUUCCAGGACUACUUCACUCUUCACAGAGCUGACCAGAUAAAAGACAAAGACACUGUGAAGGUUGUUGGCAUCACCCCAGUCAUGCUAAGCUUGACUCCGGUUGAUGACAGUUUUGGCGGCCCCUCUGGCCAACUGUCUGACUAUGACUCCUCAUAUGCUGAGUCAGUUGUAUCCAAUGCAGACUCUGCUGCAACUACUUCUUCUCAGGACACCAUUAUUCUCAAAAGGCAGAAGACCACAGAACGUUGUGAGCCCUGGCCGAAACAGUUUCCCAUUCCACAGUUUGCAUAUGAAACUGAGAUGUACCUGGAAAGAGCCACUGAGGAGUAUAAAAAGAAUGGAAAUCUUCUGCCCACCUCCAAAGUAAAGACUGAUAUUCUUGAGAAGUUGGCUGAAACUAUAUUUACAUUUACGGCCUAUCCUUCAAGUGCACAGGUUAGUUAUGUUGCUGAGGCACUUGUGACAAAAUACCCUUGUCUCAAGGAACCUGGCUCUUUCUCAGGUUAUUAUGGUUGGCAACAAAGCAUCAAAUACAAGAUGGCCAAUUAUCGUACAAAACUUAGAGGGUUUGGUGUUCCUGAGUUGACAUGCAAUGCCAUGAAACACAAGAGUCCAGGUAACCAGAAGUCUGCAAAUAAAGUGAAAAAGCCUCGGAAAGCAGAGGUAAAUUACCUUCCGCCAUAUCCAGCAGGUGAAGAUGAGGACAGUCAAGAAGAAGAGAGAAUUCAGUUGCUUACUGAAGUCAAGAAAAGAGACAACAACAAAGUGAUAAAAGAAAAAAUGGCUAAAACAUUUGCACAUAGACGACAUGAAAUUGUCAACCUGUCCCCCAGCAUUGAAGACAUCAAAGCCAGAUGGCCAGCUUUGUUUGAGGCAUCUCAUCUGCAGGAUGAGUUCUACAGGAUCACCCUGGUACACCUUGAACCCAAAUUCAUGUCCAUGCUGGAUGAGUACACUCCCAAACUGUUGGCCCUUUUACAUUCCAAGGGGGGAGCCAUGGGAUUGAAGUUGCAGGCUAUCAUAGCCAAGUCACCAAGCAAUCCUAGCAAUGACAUAACCAGAAAUCUGGUUAUUCGGUGCUUGAUGGUGUACCUUGGGGAGUCCAUUGAUCAACUGAUCAAAGAGUACAGUGAUGCUGAUGAGGAUGGUGUGUCACAAGAUCUUUCUGAACAGAGGAUGAAAAUCUACAAAAUCAAGGCUGUUGGAUCUGAGGAGGAUGACAUUGGCAUUGUGCUGGAGGGUGUGAGAGUUAUGCCUGCUCUGGGCAAUUUUCCAAGAGCAUGCGCAAUGCUGGUUGAAUUGACAUAUGCAGUCAAUCUUGCCUAUCCCAAAGAGCUAAAAUACACCUUGGAAGUAUUCCAGAAAACUUUCCUUGAACUGGAUUGUGCUAAGCUCUCACCAAAAGUGAACAGCCUCAAGAACAAGUUAUUGGCUUAAGUGAGGACUCUGAAAGAAUGAAAGGGAAAUAAGCUCACUGAAAACCUUUGGUUUGUCUUUGUUAGAUGCAGCUAUCUUUUCAGUUUUCAAAAUAAUUUCAACUUAUUCAUGUCUUACCCAAAUGACCUGCAAUGUGUCAGGCUGUAUUUGUGCUCUUCAUUUUAAUGUUUGUUUUUUAUUACCUACAAGUUUCUUAGGAAUAUUCUGUUUGAAAGGCAACAAAUUGGAGGAAUCACUAGUGAAGCUUUUCUUUGUUUAUAGUGUAUGUUACUAUAAAACAUUAGUUUAAAACAACUUUAAAAUUUAACAGAAGUGCAGUCCUGUAGCUGUAGAAAUGUUACUUCCUCUUACAUGUGUCUUAGAUUUUCUCAGGUUAAACAUCCAAAUUGGGAUAAAAGGUUGAUUUACAUUAUUGAUAUUCCAUGUACAUGAGUUAAAAAACCUUUGUUCUACAGUUAUAUUGAGUGAUUCAAUUUAACAAAAGAUUGACUAACUAAAGUUUUUGUUAGUCAAUCAUAAAUAAGUAACAGAGAUAAAGGAAACGGUAAAGGAUAUUCAAAUUUCAGGUUCAUGUUGAUAUUUACUAAACAUUUGCCAGGUAGUUAGUAAAUUCAAAGUAAUUUUUCUCAGAGACUUAUUUCAUAUCAAUUAUUUUUUUUGGUAAAGUUGGGCAAUUUCAACCUUCAGUUUGAGAUUUUGACCCUAAAUCCAACACAUAUUUACAGUUUAAUUCUAUUAAUAUCUACUUUUGUUUUCUAUUUGAAUUUAAUUAACAUUUUCUCUACAUUUUACAUAAAUCUUUUGAAAUUAAAAUCUACUUAAUUAUUUCAAGUGUCACUUUGUUGCCAUAACUUUUUUAAGUAACCUCUAGUCACAGUUUUUACAGUGUAGUAAAACCAAAAAUUAAAUUGAUAAAUAAAAUAUCCUUCAAUUACCAAAAAGCUUUCAGUUUUAUAAUUAUAGGAUAAUCUGGAUUUUAUUCAUUUAUAUUUACAUUUAUUUCUCACAGUUUAAUUCAAAAAAGGCAACAGAUCUAUUUCUCUCCUACAUCUAAUUUUUCUUUGAAAAUUACUUUUCUACCCCAAAGUGAAGGCCAGGGUGUCGAAGUCUCUGUGUGUGAGCUGCAGUAAUAGCAGAAAUUCAGUUUGAAAUUACUCACUCACUCAAGUACCUACAGUUACAUAGGACACAGGACGGUAAAGUUUAAAUAAAGAGCAACCUGCUACUUGAAUAUUUUACACAAGCACAAAUAAACGACUUCAUAUUCAUUUAAUGCUUAAUGAUAGUGAAACUGCUGCCAUUCAGAUGCUUUACUGUUGGUGUUGCAUGGUGGAUCAAAAUCUGACUUUUUCUAAUUUUGUGAUUUUUCUGAUUUUCUGUGUUCGUAAUUCCUUUCUUAAAAAGUAAAAUUAUUUUUAAUGCACCAAGAUAAUACUCUAUUACAAGUAAGAGUCUAGCAUUCACCCUCCUUAACUAUAAGUAUACAAGCAUAAUCAGCAUAGUUUCAAAAAGUAGUCAUUACUGACUACCUCCAGGGCAAAUGUCACCUUCAUCUCAAACAGCUACCUCUCUGCAAACAUCAGUGUCUUCCUGCGGAUGCAGGAGCUGCUCAGAAGGUACGGGGCUGUUAUUGUAGCAAAAAGAUUUGUGUGUAUCUCGAUACCUGUGUGCGUAUUUCUGUGUGACUACAUGAGCUCACAAAAAAGGGAAAACAAUCAUUUUUUAAAAGACCUCCAGUGGCAUUCAGUCAAUCCACAGGCUUUCACCAAUCACAGUUCAGUGUACUAAAAUUUGUCCUGGAUGUGUUCCAACAUCUCAGAUAUGCUGACUUAUGAAUGAGGGUUGAGUGUAUUUUCAUACCUUUAUAAAAAUGACAAGCAACAAGGAAAUUGGGACUGACGUGCAAGGCAGUCAGACUGGCUAAGCUGCAGCUCACCUGUGAGACACUAAUGAGUGGAAAACCCAGUAAUCUGGAAAGAUGAUGCCAGCUUCCUCCUGAUCAAUGUUAGGGAGAAUAAAU